AUGGCCCGCGUUGUAAGGAGGACCGCGUCGGCUUGGGCCCGGCGCAACCCUAGCCGGGCCGUUCACCGGCGAACUCGCAAGCACAAGGUGAUCAUGGAGUCUGUCACGCAAGAGAAGAAAAAACUCCGAAGUGUGAUAUGUUUCGAGGCGCAGGCGCCUAGUGGCUAUACGUUCAUUCCAGCGGGCAACCCACACCUUACCAGUACGUGCAAAGAGCGGUGCCGCAAAGAGGGCAGCCAGGUAUAUGCAGUUUCCGUAAGACACCCUGGAUUAUGGGAUAAGCUUUCUGUUCUGAACACUGAACCUGUUGGUCAGACAACUCCUCAUAUGCACAUCCAUAAUCUGUCUCAACAUGUCCAUCGAAUAGGAUAUCAUUUUCCGAGUACAGUCGUCGCAGCGGCUUGCUCGGAAUUGGGAUUAUACCUCACAAGCACUGGGAAAGCAGUGCCUUUCCACACUCUGGGUAGCCUUGAAAACCCCCCACCGGCCGACUCGGAAACAUCCCAGAUCACGAUCAAUACAGAAGCAAGAGAUGCCAUCCGAGAUCUCUUUCCUAACAUCCCAGAUAACGAUCUGAACCAGAUCAUCAAGACUGCUUUUCAAAAGGGUCAACGGAAAGUCGGCACAGCAUCUGAACUGCCUUUAGCUCGCCGGGCGCAGCUGGCAGUGGUGGCGCAUAUCCGCCACAUCUACACUGACUAUGACCGCCUUCUAAAGCAAACCUCAUUCCAUGAAGCUAGAUCUGCGGUAGAGCAAAUUACCCUGUCCAAGGUCAUUGCAUGGCGUGGGGAUGAUGAAAAUGGCCAGACAGUCCUCGAGGAUGUUUUCCGCGAGGUAAUUGUCAUCUCAGAUGAUGAAGACAGUGAAACCGAAGAAGAAACAGCAACGGCAGCAGACACCCAAGACCUUAGCGUGGAAAUUUUAUCCAGCAAUGCCCGGACCCAUGAAAUUCAGACCCAGCCAAUCAGUGCAAGCAGAGUGAACCAUUCAAUUCAGGACUUCUCGCGGGAGCAUUCCGAGGAAGCGCCGCCUGGCUUCCGGAUCGUGACUAGAGUCCCUGCCCAGAAAGCGAUCGACCGUCGAGGUUUUAGCAGAUACCAGGCAUGGAAUCGUGCCCUAAGUCGAUAUCGUGCAGAGGCGAAUGACAUACAAAAAGUCCAGGCAAGCGGUGCUCCGGCAGAGAAGCAAAGCCCAAGAUAUGGUAAACGUUCUGUUGCCACUCACGAGAUGUCAGACCCUGUGAGGCACCGAGAAUUGCCAGUCCUGUCCCAGGAUCCUACUUCCGCAAUUGCCUCCAGGCCCGUUUACGUUGAUAACCCGGGUCAACGAUUGAUAGCUGUUCCUGCAACUGAUUCAUCACCUGGCCAAGGCUAUAAUUCCCAUGAAACCCGUCCUUUGGACAAAAGCCCUCGUACCAUGGGAAACGUUUGCCACCAGUCUACUUCUUGUCCAGACAUGUGCGGGAAUGCUCGAUCUGAGAGGCUUCUCAUUCCAACCAACAAUAGAUCCGAUAUGCCUGUUUUCGUGAGCAGGCCCAAGGAACUACAUCAGAGUAGCGAGAGCCAUUUUGGACCUCGAGCCGAUCCCCCUGUUCUCCAUCACCCCCGUCCGGGAGCCAACCACCAUGAUCUGGCCUUGCCUUCGAUCGAAUCCCCCUUUAUAACAGAAAAGCGGCGCGCAGAAGGCCGGCUAGAGCAUCUAACCAAAAGGAUGUCACUCCGUUCCGUAACCCCAGGUCACUCCCAGGUGGAAGCCUCCGGCCAGGGUUAUGCAAAUGUGCCAAGCAGCCCAGAUGAUCAGAAUUGCAAGAGGAGGCGGUUGGCUUACUACGCCGCUCCUCCGAGUUACUCCCGUCCCGAUCAUUGGAACACAAGACCCCUUGCAAUUCCGACCUCUGAAGGACCGAGAGGAACAUAUCGGCGUGACGAGCUUAUACCGGAAUCCCGUUUACAGGACCGGCCUUACCGGCGAGACUAUUGUUUACCUCCAGCAGAAGAGUCUGUGACCAUAGGAUAUCAACGACAGAGAAACCCAGCCUCCUUGAUGCCUCCCCAGGUCAGCUUAGACCCCAGGCCACCGCUGGAUACGACACGUACCGUCGAUCCGCAUGAACCCGUCUCCAUCCAUCCCCAACCGGGGCUGCUCUCGGGAGCCGCUGGCCCCGUUGCAGCUAGCGACCGCACGUUCAAACCAGUCCCCAAUGCCUCCCACCUGGACACUCGCCCUGUGUACUAUGGUGAUCGUAGCUCCCACUUGGAUCGAAUACGGCCAAUGCUGGAAGAGACACGUGCCCCUGUUUGGAGAUCUAACACUGAGACCGAUCGCCCGGUGCUUCAUGGAACUUCCGCCAAUGGAAAGCUUUACGCCGAUGACUUUGUGCGUCACGUCGAUGUUCGCGAGGCCCUUCCGGUGGAGUACUUGAUACAGCGCCCAAGAUAUCCACCUCCGCGUGUGGAGGAAAGUCAUAGCCAGCCCGCCCGGGCUAGGAUCGCUAAUCAAUAUUCUGUUAAGGAUUCUCCUUCAUCCCAAAUAUCUUUAGAGCAACAGCAUCCGCGAAGUCCCCACCGUGUUCCUGUUUCCCACGGCCAAGUUUCUCAUCCACAUGAGAUUGGGAAUCGAGACCUUCCAAAUAACCCAAGCGAUGCCUCUCGUGAGAGGCGUCCCAACAGCGGGCUCGGCAUGAUGCGACGCACUCAUGAUCCGCGAUCCUUCCAAAUGGCCGAGCAGAACCGUCCAGUUUACGUGCAGCAGGUUGAAUCGCAACCGCCACCGUAUCCCGUCUCGGAGGGAAGGCACUUUGUUAUUGUGGAUUGA